CAUUCAUUACUAUUUUUCGAUUUUCAAUUUGACAAUAUAAAGACACCAAAUAUUCAGAAUCAAUCUAUGGCAUCAGGUGGAACAGAAGCUUUCCCAGAUUUGGGUAAACACUGCCAACUUCUUGAUUGUCACCAGCUCGAUUUCCUUCCUUUCACCUGUGAUGGCUGCAAACAGGUUUUCUGUGUAGAACACAGAUCAUACAAGUCUCAUGAUUGUCCCAAACCCGACCACAACAGCCGAAAAGUGGUUGUUUGCGAAGAAUGUUCUAUGUCAAUGGAGAUCACCGGAGAAAACGAAGAGACGAUCUUAAAGAAACACCACAGUUCAGGGAAGUGUGACCCUAGCAAGAAGAAGAAACCAACUUGUCCUGUAAAGCGUUGCAAGGAGAUUUUGACGUUUUCUAACACGAGUACAUGUAAAACUUGCAACAUUAAGGUGUGUCUCAAGCAUCGUUUUUCUGCUGAUCAUGCUUGUAGAAGAGGAGGUUCAGCCUCUUUAACAAGUGGUGAUGGUAACGGAAGUUGGAAUAAUAGGUUUAUGGCCGCUUUAGCUUCAAGGAAUAAUGGUCAAGAUUGUGGCAAAAAAGCUGGAUCUCGUUCUAGUACUAAUUCUCCUCCUAGUACUCCUUCUGUUAAAGCUUAUUGAUUCUUGUUGCUUGAUGUGUAAAUUGUAAUACAUGUGAUUCUGGUGUGGUUUGAUGUAAUAUGUUGAAUUAUACAUUGCCUUUAAGUGCAAUUUCAAUGUUCAAACUUACAUUAAAUAUCUAGAAAUUA